CGCUUCUGGAACACAUCAUAUCUUUCCUUGGGCACGUCGGCACCCAGGAAAAUGAAUCCAAUGAACGGCAUGCCUGGUGUGCCUUCUCUCUGGCAGGAGGCUAGGAAUUCAGACGGAAGAGUCUACUAUUACAAUGUGCAGACGAAAGCGACUCAAUGGGCCAAGCCCCCAGAGCUCAUGACGCCCGUGGAAGUAUGUAUACAUUCUGAUUAAACGUAUAUUCCCUUUUCAUUUGGGCCUUUACUAAUAUCUUUUUGCUUUGUUUUAUGCAGCGGGCUUUGGCAAACCAGCCCUGGAAGGAGUACACUGCUGAGGGUGGGAGAAAAUACUGGUAUAAUAUGGAGACAAAGCAGAGCACUUGGGAAAUGCCUGAUGUUUACAAAACUGCUCUUGCACAGACUCAGGCUCCUUCAGCGCCACCCAUUGCGGGCCCGACUUUCGUUGCCGGCGGAGUUAGCUCGUUUCCCUCCUACUCGCAUCAUCGCGACCGCGAAGACCAUGACCGGGCAUGGGGCGACCGAAGAGGUGGCUUUGGUCCCCUGGACACAAAUGGAAUUCCAGCUGCGCAGGCUCUGGGCGUUGGGCAAGUGGACCCGGAGUAUGGUUCGGUUGAGGAAGCGGAAAGUGCGUUCAUGAAGAUGCUCAAACGUCAUAACGUUCAGCCAGACUGGUCUUGGGAACAGGCAAUGCGCGAAACGAUUAAGGAUCCUCAGUAUCGUGCUCUGAAAGACCCGAAGGACCGCAAAGCAGCCUUUGAGAAGUACGCGGUCGAGAUUUCAACACAAUGUUGAGGCGUCAUCCUGAAAUCAAGCAUUAUAGUCGCUGGAAGACCAUUCGACCCAUCAUUGAAGGCGAGACUACAUUCAGAUCUACGAAUGAUGAAAACGAGAGGCGACAGCUCUUUGAGGAAUACAUCAUUGAACUUAGGAAGGCUCAUGCUGAAGAACAGGCCGCUACACGCAAAGCUGCGAUGGACGAACUGGCCGCCGUUUUGAAGUCUUUGAAUUUGGAGCCGUACACUCGCUGGUCUGAAGCAGAAGCCGUCAUUCAAUCAAAUGACAGGAUUCAAAGCGAUGAUAAGUUCAAAUCUCUGAGCAAAUCUGAUAUUCUUACCGCUUUUGAGAACCACAUCAAGUCCCUUGAGCGAGCAUUCAAUGACGCGCGUCAGCAGCACAAGGCGGCCAAGGCAAGAAAAGAGCGUCACAAUCGCGAGCAGUUUAUCGAGCUGUUGAAGGAGCUCAGGUCCCAGGGCAAAGUUAAAGCUGGUAGCAAAUGGAUGAAUAUGUACCCACUGAUCAAAGAAGAUCCUCGAUAUCUGGCUAUGCUUGGUCAGUCAGGAUCUACACCAUUGGAUCUUUUCUGGGAUAUGGUAGAGGAAGAAGAACGCUCAUUGCGCGGUCCACGCAAUGAUGUGCUGGACGUACUCGAUGAUAAACGCUAUGACAUUACGCCCAAGACGACAUUCGAGGAAUUUAACUCUAUUAUGCUCACUGACCGCCGAACAGCUAACAUUGAUGCGGAAAUUCUCCAUCUCAUCUUUCAACGCAUCCAAGAAAAGGCCGUCCGCCGAUCGGAAGAAGAGAAACAUGCGGCGGAUCGUCAUCAACGACGCGCUGUCGAUGCAUUGCGUUCUCGCAUCAAGCAUCUAGAGCCACCAGUCCGGGUUACUGAUACGUGGGACCAAGUUCGUCCCAGGGUGGAGAAGUACGAGGAGUACAAGGCCAUCGAAUCCGACGAUCUUCGCCAGGCAGCUUUUGAUAAGGUUAUUCGCCGCCUGCGAGAAAAGGAAGAGGAUGCGGCAAGAGAGCGCGAACUGCGAGACCGGUCGCGCAGUCGCCGACGUGACCACUACUACGAUCGUGAUCGUGAGCGUGAGCGUGGAGUAUCACGUAGAGGCGAGCGGAGGGCUCUAUCCUCCCGUCUUAGCCGUACGCCUGAACCCGACGCAUACGAAGCCGACCGCCGCAAAGCGCAAGCGGAUCGCGAGAGAUCUUAUAGAAGAGCUGGUGGUCUUUCUCCGAUUCGCGAGCGACGGGAUGACCGUGAUCGUGAUCGGGACAGGGACCGAGACCGUUAUCGUGAGCGUCGGGAUCGCGAUCGACCCUCUCGACCUCUCAGCCAUUAUGAUUAUGAACGUCGAGAGCGCGAGGAGGAGCGUGAAAGGCUCUACCGCACUCGUGCGGACCCACGUGGCAGUAGAGACGAGCUGGACUACGGUGCUGAUACCCGGAGCACAGUGAGCGCCUCCGACCGUAGACGCAGACGCGAUAGCGACGCAGAGAGCGUCAACGGUCGCUCCGCCAAGCGCCACAGGCGCGAGAGCUCUGAAAGGGAUCGCAGUAGAGGCUCACGGAGAGAUAGGGAUAGGGAUAUCGAAGCGGAAGUGAGGAAAGAGGAAAAAGCCGUCCAUUCUGGCAGUGAGGAGGGAGAGAUUGAAGAGGACUAAUAUUCUCUGUUUCCUGUUCUUCUUCUUUCCCUGUCCUUUUUUGAAUGAUGGCAGCACUGUAUGUAGCAGAGAUGGUGCUAUCUAUGACUAGUUAAAUGGAAAAGACUGAAUGUAUUCAAUUGUCGACUAGAUGAUCAUAGGGUAUCACAGUCCAUACAUAUAUAUAUCAUAGCAAGUCGACGACGCUGGAGAGAGUGGUCUA